CCGCGUGGCCUCUUGGAAACACUAUACUACAACUACUAGUCCACAAUGCUUGGUGAAGCUUGUGUUUAGCUACCUGGCUCAAGCACGACUCCUCUACAACCUCCAAUCACAAAAGCCCACCUACCCGUUUUAACUAACCACAUUAUCUGCACAAAAUCUCCACCAAAACAAAUCCAGACAAAACACCCAGACUCUUUCCAGACAAAUGAAUCAGUUAUAUUCGUUGUUGUUUUUUGUACUUUUGUUACACAUACCAUGUUGCAUACAUUCAUCUAGUACAACUUAUGAUCUCUUUCAGACCUGGUGUGUCACUCAUGGCAAAACAUACGCUUCCGAGCAAGAGAAGCUGUCAAGGUUCAAAGUGUUUGAAGAAAACUAUGCUUAUAUUACCCAACACAACAACGAUUUAGCAGCUAAUUCGUCGUCAUCAUUGUACACUUUGUCGCUGAAUGCCUUUGCUGAUCUUACAAACCAGGAGUUUAAGGCUUCUAGGCUGGGUUUAUCAGCUGGUGGGAAUGAUAAGUUGAUCAGAAUGAAGCGUGGAUCAUCGAUUGUUAAAGGCUCUAGUGGUGUGAGGAAAGCUGAAAUUCCUUCUUCACUGGACUGGAGGGAUAAAGGCGCGGUCACGAAUGUUAAAGAUCAGGGCAGUUGCGGUGCAUGCUGGUCAUUCUCAGCAACGGGAGCAAUGGAAGGUAUUAAUCAAAUUGUCACCGGAUCUCUUACAAGUCUAUCUGAGCAGGAGCUGGUCGAUUGUGAUAGAUCCUAUAAUUUGGGCUGUGAUGGUGGACUUAUGGACUAUGCUUAUCAGUUUGUUAUCGACAAUAAAGGGAUUGAUACAGAGGAUGACUACCCUUACAAAAGUAGGGAAACAACAUGCGACAAAGACAAAUUGAAUAGGCAUGUGGUAACCAUUGAUGGUUAUGUUGAUGUGCGGGAGAAUGAUGAGGCACAGCUAUUAGAAGCUGUGGCAGCUCAGCCUGUGAGUGUAGGUAUAUGCGGCAGUGAAAGAGACUUUCAGUUGUACUCAAAGGGAAUAUUCAGCGGACCAUGCUCAACUUAUUUGGAUCAUGCUGUAUUAAUUGUGGGCUAUGGUUCGGAAGAUGGAGUUGAUUAUUGGAUUCUGAAGAAUUCAUGGGGAAAGCAGUGGGGAAUGGAUGGCUAUAUGUACAUGCAACGCAAUAAUGGAAAUUCCCAAGGUAUUUGUGGGAUAAACAUGAUGGCGUCAUAUCCAACCAAGACUAGCCCGAACCCACCGCCCUCUCCAUCUCCAGUUCCUACAAAAUGCAGUCUUCUAUAUUCCUGCUCAGAAGGGGAAACUUGCUGUUGUUCAUGGAGCCUUCUUGGUUUUUGCCUGACAUGGAAAUGUUGCGGGUUAGAUUCAGCAGUAUGCUGUGAUGAUCAUAAACACUGCUGCCCUAAUGAUUAUCCAAUCUGUGAUACCAACAGAAACCUGUGCCUCAAGCAAACAGGCAAUUACACUCUGGUGAAGGAGCUUGGGAAUAAAAGAUCUUCAGGAAACUGGAAUUCCCUUCUUAGAGACUGGAAUAUGUAGAGGCCUUUCCAGUAAUCUUAAGUAGUACUACAGAUAAGUGAUUAUUGUACUAUCUACAAUUCUACAUGUUAGAAAUCGGUUGAUCCGGUAUAACUUGUUGUACGUACACAUUGAUUAUUCAUCUGGUGAUGUUGUACGAGAACAUUAGUAGUAUUAUGCAAGUGAAGAA